AUGGAGACUGCACCGCUUACCUUGGCUCAUACCCACGCUCGAAAUGCAGUUCUGGAGACCCGCAAGUCAAAUCCAGUCGCUGCAAGCGAGGAACAUGAUCUGGCAGCUGGCGAGUUCGCCGCAGCGGCUCAAAAGAGCUCUGAUCACGAAGCUCUGAGAACGUUACAACUACUUGAGCAACAUCACAAGAAACUCGCCCAGAUCUUGCGUUUUCAGCAUGAGAACCCAUCCGCCGCGACUUCAAAUACACUGCAAUUGACGACGGACUCGGGGGGAGCGAAGACACAGGAUACCCAGCAGCACCCACCGAAGCUGAUUGGACAUGCUCGCUUACCGGCAAGGGAGACUUCGUCCAUCGCAAGCAACCUUGCCUCGGCACGAGGUAUCCCAUCACAGCCCCGUCGCGGCUCCCCGGCAUCGCCUACAAUUUCCUCUCAGCAGGCAGGUGCGAAGAUGACAGAGGGACCGGCAAAGAUCAGGACGGGCGAGGCGAGAUUACGAGAAAGGCAGGCCUAUGCGACCAAGGAACGUCCUAGCCGGACUUCAUCGAAACAGCCAUGGUCUCCGCCCGCGGCGAGUCCAACCGACGUCACAUCGCAGCAAUUCGUACCUCCGGACACCGAACCCUCGACCCCCAGGAACGGACAAGUCGCCACAGAUGAGCCUUUUCAACGGUUCUACUCUACAUUCGGAGGACUCAUUUCCAAGAUAUCCGCACCGUUGGCUUUUGCAGGCCUCCCGUUGGGUGCAGAUGUGUCGGAACAGGCUGAAGCAAGCCGUAAAGCAUCCGCGGAGACGAAGGUGGAUCGCCACUCUGCAGUUUCCGAUCGUCAAGGCCCACCCGCAGAACCAGACGUUAACAAAAUCUUUUCGCGUGCCGCUUUACGAGCUGUUCGAGAUUCCACGGGUGGUGGAACGGGAAACACAGCCGAAUCUUUCUACGUGGUGCCUACAACAGGUGGGACCGUUUCCUAUGCCGGAAUCCUCAGCAGGGCAGAGAAGGAAGCUCGAAGGAACAGUUUCGACGAGGGCGACGAGGACUUUGUGGAUGCCCGCGAAACACCACCGUCACCAGAAAUGCGGCAGAGCAUGACGGGAAGCCGGGGCAGGGGUUCUCGGGCCAAGGACAAACUCACCAGCAUCCAGAACCCGAAGACACUCGAGGAAUUGCAGAUGGAAAACCAAGCCUUGAAACACCUCACGGACACCUUAUCCAAACGCCUGCACAUGUGGGAGGUGAACGCACAAUCGUCUUCCAUGGCUUUGCAACAAUCCUUGAGAGCAAUGCAUCAUCAAAAUGCCCCGUCCCCGGAGCAUUACCCUCAGUCUCCUUCUGCCACUGCUUCACCUAUCGCUACGCCAGCCGGCCCAGAUCAAGACCGACGUAUCAAAGAACUCGAGGAUCUCAUCCAGCAGAGCGAAAAAGAGCUCGACAAGGUUGGUCGCGAGAACGAGAAGCUGCGAAAUGUCCUGGGGCGGUACAGAGAUCGGUGGGAGAAACUGAAAGAGGGCGCCAAGACCCGGCGAGAGGGCAGGUCAGCUGCGGACAGGAAUAGCUAUGCAGAACCGCCCACGCCAGUCCGCACCGACAAUGCUAAUCUAACAGGUGAGACCGAGACCACGCAAGUCAAAGCUGACGAUGGAACGGGAAACGAUAUCAACUCGACCAAUGAAGCGGAAGGCCGGGCCGACUCUUCUACCUAA